AUGCAUCCCAUCUGGAUUUGGCUGCUGGUCCUGGCGCUCCUGGCAGAAUGUGCAGAGGCCCAGAGCUGCAAGCCUGACCUGCGAGGUGCUGGUAAGACCUGGGGAAAGGGAGGGGAAAGGGAGACUGGUUUGUGGACAAAGCCAAAUGGUGCCCCCUAUCCCCAUAGGGCACUCUUAUUUCUGCCUCUAAGCUGCUUUGUGACAAUGAAAUCCUGGGCAUCAUCUUACCCAGUGGGUGGUGAUUGGCAUCAUUUCCCCAUGAUCCAUUGCAAAGCCUGAUGGUGGAAUGUCAGGGGACUGCCAUUGGAAUGGGGGAGGGAGGCAGGGGGGAUACAGAGAGCCUCCAACGCUUCUCAGAAGCAUCCUCCUCUGGCAGUGGGGAAAGCCACACCGCCAGCGAAGCAGAGGGGUAAGGGGGUAGCCGGGUGAAGGGGUGUCCACGUUCUUAUGUUGGGGGAAAAGCCAGAAGGGGCCACUCCCAGAAUCUGCAAGUGACUGAGACAGACAUGGACUUUGGGGUUAUGCACUGUAAAUAGUUUGCACCAAAUAAAACCUGUAAAAGACAGGUCCUGCCUGGUUACUCACAAGCAACCAUCACCCGCAUCUGACAGGGAACCAAAGUUUUGACCUGACAAGCCAUGAUGGGAGAACAAUUCCACCCCCUGCUAAUUCCACAUCAUGCCUUCAGAUGUCUUCUAAAAGUCAGAUAGUUGUCUAUUUCCUUGACAUCAGAUGGAAGGGCGUUCCACAGGGUGGGCGCCACCACCGAGAAGGCCCUCUGCCUAGUUCCCUGUAACCUCACUUCUCACAGGGAGGGAACCGCCAGAAGGCCCUCGGAGCUGGACCUCAGUGUCCAGAACGAUGGGGGUGGAGACACUCCUCCAGGUAUACUGGACCGAGGCCAUUUAGGGCUUUCAAGGUCAGCACCAACACUUUGAAUGUUGCUUGGAAAUGUAGGUCUUUCAGGACCCAUGUUAUGUGGUCUCGGCAGCUGCUCCCAGUCACCACUCUAGCUGCUGCAUUCUGGAUUAAUUGCAGUUUCCUGGUCACCUUCAAAGGUAACCUAACGUAGAAUGCAUUGCAGUAGUCUAAGCAGGAGAUAACCAGAGCAUGCACCACUCUGGCAAGACAGUCUGCAGGCAGGAAGGGUCUCAGCCAGUGUACCAGAUGGAGCUGGUAGAAGAGGUAAGGUCCUUGCAGACUGGAUGCGAGCAAAUGUUGUCCCCAUCUUCAAAAAGGGGGGGACAGGAAGACCCAGGUAACUACCGGCCAGUGAGCUUGACAUCGAUACCAGGAAAGGUCCUGUUGUUGUUGUUUAGUUCUUUAGUCGUGUCCGACUCUUCGUGACCCCAUGGACCAGAGCACACCAGGAAAGGUCCUAGAACAGAUAAUUCCGUAGUCUGUCUGUGAGCACUUAGAAAAGGAUGCUGUGAUUACUAAGACCCAGCAUGGGUUUUGCAAAAACAAGUUCUGCCAGACAACAACACAACUCUGCAGUUCUGUAAAUCUCAUUUCUUUUUUUCCUGCAGUUACAAGCUCAGUAAACCCAUGGAAUGCUGUUCCUCUCGUCAUGUUCUUCUUUCUCUUCCCCAUCUUCUUUCCACCACGCUGUUUCUCCAGCUCGCAACCUGGCCAGAGGCCGCCCAGCCUGUCAGUCCUCCAUCUACUCACAUCCAAUUAUUCCGUCAGCAAGCAAAGCCAUAGAUGGGAAUUGUGAGGGGAACUUCUUCCAUGGCUCCUGCACCCACACCAGCACUGAGAAAGAACCAUGGUGGCAUGUGGACCUGGGCGAGCAGUUUGCCAUCUCCACAGUGGUGGUGAAGAACCGUGAGGACUGCUGCAGCGAGAGACUCCUGGGAGCCGAGAUCCGCGUGGGAGACUCCGUGGCUGACCAUGGAAAGUCCAACCCCCUGUAAGUACCAGUUGCCUCUUCGCUCCCCACCUGCUCUGCAGCAACUGCAUCCCUCAAGAUCACUUGUAGUUCCUCCCCCCCCCCAUUCACAAUUGAGGAGAAGGGAGAGUAGCAGAAAAGUGGAUCCUGCACAUCUUUGAAGAAUCCUCCGGAAAAACUAUCUCUCAAAGGACCUGUUGAUGGCAUUUUACCAUUGCACUGUGGAGAGUGUAUUAACUUAUGGUCUAUGUGUGUGGUUUGGGAGCUGCACGGUCAGGGAAAAACAAUGCUGUCCAGGGUUGUAAAGACUUGCGGAGAGAAUAAUUGGGUGCACUCUUCCCACCUUGGAUCAAAUCUAUGUUUCCAGGUGCCAUAAGAAAGCUGCAGAGAUAGCGCAAGAUAGUGCGCACCCCAGAAAUGAUCUCUUUCAGCUUCUGCCUUCUGGAAGAAGGUCCAGGGUUAUAAAGACUAGGACUAGCCGCCUGAGAAACAGUUUCUACCAAAUGUGAUUUUGGUUUCAAACGCAGUGUAAGGUAGUCUCUGUGGGAGUAUAUUGUAUUUAAUUAUGGGGUAUCAGAGGUUUUAGGGGGUUAACCAGGCUGGGAUAGCAGGCUUGUUGGUUUUGAAUGUCUGAUGUAGAUUUUUUCAAUUUCGUUGUUCUGUAUGGGACAAUGACAAUAAAGAUUAUCGUAUCGUAUAUUAAGUUUGCAUCAGGCUUCAGGGAAUCUGAUCCCUCCCACGGGGGCAGCCAAGAAGCAGAUAAACAAGAAGAGUUCUUACCAAGUGGUUUAUUCAAUAUUCACAGAGAGAGACGAAGGCAUGUGGUCUCUCUUAGAUAAUGGCGUUGCUCCGAGUAAAUUCCCACCCCCUCAGUCCCUCCUAUUCUACGUCAUCCCCGAGCCAGCUGAUCUGUGCUUUCUGUCUCUGAGAUUUCUGUUCUACUACUCUCAAUGCAUGCCUGGUCCUGGGAGAAAGGGGGGGGGAUCAGGAAUGCUUUCUAAAGACACUGAGUCUGUCAGCUGUCUCUCCCCUGGUGCUUCUUCUUCCUGCUGUUCUCCUAAUAUUUCCCAGCUUCUCCCCUCUGCAGCCUCAGAACUAUGACCUUCUGCAAACCACUGCUCUAAAUCUAUACCAUUCCUCCUCAGUCUAGUCCCUGACAGUUUGUUGCCGAAUCAUGUUUCUUCUCUCCUGUAUUAAAACUUUUCCACAUUCUGGUCACCUCUUCUCUGGUCUCCUGCUUACUCUCCCAACUCCACUGGUGAGCUGCCCACUUUCCAGCACCAAGAUGGCUAAUAAGCUUCUGGAUGCUUUGGAAAGGCAGCCGACAGAAGCUCACUUCUCAGCUUUGAGCUGUAAGUCUGUUCCCAUAAGAAAUUGUGAUCCCCACCAUCUUGGAUGGCUGUGUUGGGCCCGGGGAUAACCCGUGAAACGUGGUCCAGGACCGGUCCAGAAUCCGAAGGUUCUGCUGGGAGCCAGUCCAACAGGGCCAAGGCAGGACACGAGGCAGGAAACCAGGCAAGGACAGGUACAGGAUCUCAGGCAGGAUCUGGCAUACAGCAAUGUUGCUCCUGCAACCUGGGGCGGGGUCCAACAGCCUUUUAUCUUUGUUGGGGUAGUGGCUGGUCCUGAUCCCCCGGCGACUCACCUCCCUGUUUUGCCCAAAGGCGAGCACUCCUCCUGCGAGUACUCAGGUCUCUCCUUCUCUCAGACCUCAGUCUCUGCAGCUCGGGAGAGGUCAGUGGGUUACUAGACCCAGACGCCUCAGUCCCCCUGACCAAACUGGUAGUUGAGCAGCUGUAAGUGAUGGCCCAGCUGAAGGCAAAGAGGUAAUCCCCGCAUCUGGAGCCAGGGCAGGCUCAGGCCCCUGACUCGGCCCAGCUGGUGUUUGUUGCAGGGGAACCUGUGCAGACUGGGACUCUUCAGGAUCAGGCCCCACACUUGGUUCAGAUGUUGCCUGAGGCAAAGGAGCCAGUGCAGACUGAGAAUCCUCUGGUUCCGAGUCCGAGCCCGAGUCCCUUCAAAGGAGGAUUAGACAAAUUCUUGGAGGAUAAGGCUAUGCGUGGCUCCAGCCAUGAUGGGUAUGUUCUCCCUUCAUGGACAGAGGUGUAUACUAGUUCCUGGGGCUCCAGGGAGUGGGGAGAGCCCUGCUGCUGUGAAGUCCCACUUGUGACCUUCCAUUGGGGCACCUGGUUGGCCACUGUGAAUGCAGGAUGCUGGUCUAGGUGGCUUCAGGUCUCUUCCAAUGCAGCCAUGGAUGGUUCUGUGAGCCCAGCGCCAUGCAGAGGCGUCGGGAAAAAGAUGUGGCUGACCUCUCUUUUCUCUUUGCAGCUGUGGGAACAUCACGGACACCAGACGUGGCUCCUUCAGUAGCCUCAACUGCCACUGGCUCAAGGGCCGCUAUGUCAGCGUGAACCUCCCGGGAGAUGCAUCCACCUUGACGCUGUGUGAGGUGGAGGUCUAUGGGACAAAGCUGGGUGACCAGUGUUAG